AUGCGCAGCACUGCUGAACUUGCUGGCCUUACCAUGUCGCCAUCCGCCGUGUCCCAUGCAGUGAACCAAAUUCAUGCCGGGGAAUUCGGCGAGGGCGACAGCGCCACAUCCAUCGAUUAUGGUGAUGAGAGCAUCCGAGGACUGCCAGUCAAGUCCUUAGCUAACCUAGCAUCGUACCCAAACCCGCAUCAGGAAUUGGCGCGGAAUGCCCUAGAGAAGUCGUCUUUUGCGAUGGAAGCGAGCCACCAGCCAUGGCCGAAUACUCACGGCGACGUAUCGGACGGCAACGGACCCAUUCUCUUCCCCAACCAGCCCCAGGAAACAGGAACUUCGUUACACAAUAAAGCUAAUGUCCAAGCCCUCGCGCACUAUGCGUCGGGAGUUGCUGUUGAUGCGUCGAUUAUGAAGCAUCACGGCACAUCCCAAUAUGGAGGCUACUCUGGUGGACGACAACCGAUAACGCCCGGGGUCCCGGAGCCCCUGACGGCAGGGCCACCUCGCCAACGCCGCGGCUUCCAUACCCCGUCAGCAGCGGCCCAUAUGGCUACAGACUUUCGAUAUCAGAAUGGCCAGGCUGUUGGAAUCCAGUCAUCGAAAGGCGAGUACCAGACGCCUUGCUUCAACAGCUAUGGGCUUCGCCACACCUCUCUGGCGCACCGACACUCUACCGCCAACCAGAGCUCAUCACCAAUUACCGAGCAAGGCAAAGGCAGAAAGAAAGAAGACUUUACUUUUGACUUUGUUGGCCGUCCAAAAGACUACAACUUUGGCGAUACCCCUGGAAAGGUUGGCCAGCAAGCUCCCUUUCAGCAGUUGCGCCCCCAGCUUGAAACGUAUAACAUUCAAGGCACCGAUUUUCAGCACGCCUCUGGCAGCGGAAGCGAGGACCCUCGACAGGAGAUGGGUGCAUCAAACCCCCAUACGAGCAACCUCAUUGCCCCGAAACUUGACACUGAGUUUAAGAGCCUAGAGGGGGACACCGGACAAAGGCGGAUCUGGGGUGGCAAGGCUCAGAAUCUCGGAUCCCAAGGCUGGAAUGCUGCGGCGCGAAGGCUGACGGAAUACCCGCAUGGUGCCAUCAGGAUGACUGACGAACAACUUGUCGAGCGUCAGAAGGGAGUUGACAAGUCAUUCUAUAGCGGGACUGCGAGACUCGAGCUGGAAAGUGCCUCGAUGCAGGUGGCAGAGUUACACGUACGAUGCGACGAAGAGAAGGAAGAGGAGAAGGCGGAGUACGAGAAGCUCGGCAGUGCUAUCCUUCUCAUUAACUCCCAGCCGAUGACAGACUAA